GCUCAUAAAAAAAACAAAACAAAAAAAUAUCAAUAUCAAUAUAAUAAAAGCUUUUUCCUGCGAUAUUUAUCAGCGUGGAAAGAAAAACCAAAGCUGUUCUUUUGAUCUUCUUCAUAUUCAUCUUCAUCUUUAUCUUCUCGGAAACGCCAUGGCUAGGGCUACUGUCACCAUGGAGGUCGGAAACGACGGCGUCGCUGUCAUCGCCAUCUCGAAUCCGCCUGUUAACGCCUUGGCAAUUCCCAUCAUCGCUGGAUUGAAGGAAAAGUUCGAUGAGGCGACGAGGAGAAAUGAUGUGAGAGCUAUUGUUUUGACUGGCAAAGGAGGGAGAUUUUCGGGUGGGUUUGACAUUAACGUUUUCGAGAAAGUUCACAAGACCGGGGAUGUUUCGCUUAUGCCUGAUGUUUCUGUUGAUCUUGUGGUCAACGUGAUUGAAGAUUCCAAGAAACCAAUUGUUGCUGCCAUAGAAGGACUUGCUCUUGGAGGCGGCCUAGAAUUAGCAAUGGGAUGCCAUGCUCGUGUUUCAGCUCCCAGAGCUCAACUUGGCUUGCCAGAGCUUUCACUUGGUAUUAUUCCGGGGUUCGGAGGCACGCAGCGUCUUCCAAGGCUUAUUGGGCUGUCAAAGGCAGUUGAAAUGAUGCUGUCAUCAAAACCAAUACUUUCUGAAGAAGGGAAGAAGCUUGGUCUUAUUGAUUCCAUUGUGUCUUCUGAGGAGUUGCUGAAAGUAUCAAGGCUGUGGGCUUUAGGCAUUGCAGAGAGGCGCAAACCGUGGUUACGUUCCCUUCAUCGGACAGACAAGAUUGGCUCCCUGUCUGAAGCACGUGACAUACUGAAAGUUGCCCGGCAAAAAGCCAGGAAAACUGCUCCAAACAUGCCUCAGCACCAGGUGUGUCUUGAGGUCAUCGAGGACGGGAUUGUUCAUGGAGGAUACAGCGGAGUUCUAAAGGAAGCAAGAGAUUUUAAGAAGUUGGUUCUAUCAGACACCUCAAAAGGUCUUGUUCAUGUCUUCUUUGCACAACGUGCGACGUCUAAGGUACCAAAGGUUACUGAUAUAGGGCUUAAACCAAGGCCCAUAAAGAAGGUUGCUAUCAUUGGAGGAGGUCUGAUGGGCUCCGGCAUAGCUACAGCUUUUAUUCUGAGCAAUAUUAGUGUUGUUCUCAAGGAAAUCAAUAAUGAAUAUCUUCUAAAGGGCAGAAAAAUGAUAGAAGCAAAUGUUCAGGUCUUGGUAUCAAAAGGGAAGCUCCCACGGGAUAAGGCAGACAAGGCACUCUCACUACUUAAAGGUGUUCUGGAUUACACAGAAUUUAGAGACGUUGAUAUGGUCAUAGAGGCUGUUAUUGAAAACAUCUCUCUUAAGCAAACAAUAUUUAGUGAAAUUGAGAAAGCUUGCCCUUCUCACUGCAUAUUGGCAAGUAAUACAUCUACCAUUGACCUUCGUCUAGUUGGGGAAAAAACAAGUUCACAAGAUCGCAUUUUGGGGGCACAUUUUUUCAGUCCCGCUCAUGUGAUGCCUCUCCUCGAGAUUGUGCGGACAGAGAAGACUUCACCACAAGUGAUUCUUGAUCUUAUGACGGUUGGAAAAAUCAUAAAAAAGGUUCCUGUAGUGGUGGGGAACUGCACCGGCUUUGCAGUUAAUCGAACUUUCUUCCCGUACUCGCAAGGAGCUCAUAUUUUGGUCAAUUUAGGUGUGGACGUUUUCAGAAUUGACAGGGUGAUCACCAAGUUUGGCCUCCCUCUGGGCCCAUUCCAACUUCAAGACUUAGCGGGAUAUGGAGUAUUUAUUUCAACUUCAAAAGAAUUUAUUAAUGCAUUCCCUGAGCGAACAUUUAAGUCACCAUUGAUUGAGCUCUUAGUGCAAAGCGGAAGAAAUGGUAAAAACAAUGGAAAAGGAUAUUACAUUUAUGAAAAGGGAAGCCAGCCAAAGCCCGAUCUGACAAUACUGCCAAUUAUCGAGGAGUCUCGGCAACUCACGAACAUUAUGCCAGGCAAAAAGCCCAUAUCUGUAACAGACCAAGAAAUUGUGGAGAUGAUACUCUUUCCUGUGGUGAAUGAGGCAUGCCGUGUUUUGGAAGAAGGAAUAGUUGUCCGAGCAUCAGACCUUGACAUUGCAUCUGUUCUUGGGAUGAGUUUCCCGUCCUACCGGGGUGGUAUUGUUUGUUGGGCAGAUAUGGUUGGACCUAGGCAUGUUUAUUCAAGUCUAAAGAAAUGGUCUGAAGCAUAUGGUGACUUCUUUAAACCAUCAAGGUAUCUGGAAGAACGAGCGACAAAAGGCAUAUCGCUGGUAAGGACACUCGGGCGUACUACUUUGUUGCUUAUUGUUACCUUAUUUCCUCGAUUUGAUGACUGUGAGUGCUUGUCUGAUGGCGAGAGCGGCGGCAAAGAACCGGUGGGUGUGAAGAAGACGACGGCGGUGUCAAAGAACCGAACUCGUGAUUUGAGGCGCCGGAGCGGCGGCGGCCGAGGAGGCAGAGAACUGCACCCGGUAGGUGGGACAUACCCUUUGGCCGAGCAGGGCGUGGCUGAUUCACUAUUAUGCGCGUUCUUAGGCAAACCAGAGGCGUUUGACGAAAUGCCCGACGGCGAGGCCAAAACGGAGUUGCAGGGCCGGUGCCGCGGCGGCCGAGGAGGCAGAGAACUGCACCCGGUAGGCGGGACAGAGCCUUUGGCCGAGCAGGGCGUGGCCGAUUCACUGUUAGGCGCGUUCUUGGCCGACCUAAAGGCGUUCGAUGAAAUGCCCGAGCCCGAGGACACAGCUUCUUGGGCCGAGGCCGAGGCCGGAGCCGGAGCGGAGUGA